UAUUAAAAGGAAUCAAUUGGAGAUAUUCUAAAACCGCUAUUUGCAAAACCGCCUUCUUCAUAACCGGAUUUCCAGGAUCUCCUGAUACAAAAACCUACACGCUAUGUUCUCUUUACUCACAUGAUUCCGGCGCCACUGCAACAACAAUCCCACGCCGAAAACGUUUUCUCCGACGGCAGGAGUUGCCGGAAAGUUUCUGCAGCGUAUGAAGUAAUUUAAACUAAACAAGGCUGGAUCUGAUAUACACACACAAGAUAUAUUGCACUCAUAUAUGCAAUAAGGCCGUCCCCAAGGCCCCGGUCGUAUGGACGCAGAUUUCACCGAGGGCCCUUCGCCGGCCAUAGCGAGAUGGAGCAGUACUGUUUCUCAAAGGUUUCAGCAUUAUCUUGACAAAUCGACUCCUCAUUACACAGGCAGAUGGCUGGCGCUGCUUCUUCUGGCGGCCAUCUAUGUUGUGAGGGUGUAUUACUUGCAGGGGUUUUACAUUGUCUCAUAUGGCCUGGGGAUAUAUAUAUUGAAUUUAUUGAUAGGGUUUCUGUCGCCGCAGGCCGAUCCCGAGAUGGAGGGCCCUGCCCUCCCCACCAAGGGCUCUGAUGAGUUCAAGCCCUUCAUUCGACGCCUCCCCGAGUUUAAAUUCUGGUACUCUAUAACAAAGGCGUUUGUUAUUGCAUUUGCAAUGACGUUCUCCUCAAUAUUUGAUGUCCCAGUUUUUUGGCCAAUAUUAUUAUUCUACUGGGUUGUACUUUUUGUAUUAACGAUGAAGCGGCAGAUACUGCACAUGAUGAAGUACAAAUAUGUGCCAUUUUCAGUAGGCAAACAGCGAUAUGCGGGCAAGAAACCAACAGCAGAGAAGCCUGAACCUCAAGAGUCGGAAGAAGACGCAAUCUUACCUCAAAAAUCUGACCUGCAGUCUGUUUAAAUUUUGAGAGAAUCUGCUUGUGUGCAAGCAAGUUUUGUGUUAAAAAAACUCUCAUAUGAUAACUUGCCUUGUGAUUCAAAUUCCUUGAUGGUUGAAGAUCAGGCUCAUUGACUACAGGCGGUUGAAUAUUUGUUGGCAGCACAAUUUGUUAAUUUGAAGUUCUCUUAAACCCACAUGACACAAGGCUGGUUCUAUUUUCAUUGGACCAGAUUAGGUAACAUAUACUUAUGUACUUGUGACAUCAUCAAGUAAAUGUUUUAGAAUUCUGGAUUUCAAUUUUGGUUUUUAUACCAUGAAAAAUGGGCUUGAGGAUGUUUUAGACAAAUUUUACGUGGUAAAAGGUCAUUUAUUGUGUUUAUAAAAAGGCUCCAUGCAUUCGUCAUUCA